GCCUCCGUUCUUUCCAGGCGGCGACACGGAAGUAACAUUUUAAAAGUUCGGCGCGCGGUUUUCUCAGAAACAGCAUUUUCGUAGCGACACGGGAAGAAAACGCAGAAUGGCCUCUCAUGCCGCAUCCAUGGACGAGGACGCGUUCAAGACCCCUAAAAGCACCCGAGUGAAGAGCUUUAAGAGCAGCGUGGGGAGCCCGAUCAUCAUCCCGGCCUCACCGUUCAUGAAGAAGUUGGGCUGUGGAACUGGAGUCAAUGUUUACCUCAUGGACAGAAUGGGGAAGCUGAAUGCGUCUCCCUGGGCCAUCAAGAAGAUCAACACCAAGUGUGCCUCCAGCCAGAUGGCGGUUUACCAGAAGCGCCUGAACAAGGAGGCGAAGGUCCUGAAGGGAAUCAACCAUCCAAACAUCGUGGGGUUCCGGGCCUUCGCCACCGCCAAAGACGGAUCAAAGUGUCUGGCGAUGGAGUACGGGGGGGAGCAGUCCCUCAACCACCUGGUCGAGAAGCGGAAGGAGGACGGCCUGAAGGCGUUCCCUGCUGCCAACAUAGAGAAAGUGGCGCUGCAUGUUGCUCGCGGCCUGCAGUAUCUGCACAACGAGAAGAAGCUGCUGCACGGCGACAUGAAGUCCUGCAACGUGGUCAUCAUGGGCGACUUCCACACCGUCAAGAUCUGCGACAUCGGCGUUUCUCUGCAGCUGAACGAGAACAUGAGAGUGUCAAACCCAAAGGCCGUGUACAUCGGCACGGAGCCAUGGAAACCCAAGGAGGCUCUGGAUGGGGGCGGAGUCAUCACUGACAAGUCUGACAUCUUUGCGUACGGUCUGACUCUGUGGGAGAUGAUGACCCUGGCCAUGCCUCAUCUGGAGAUGGCUGAUGAUGACGAGGAUGAAGAGGACUCGAUGGAGGAGAGUUUUGACGAGGACGCCUACUACAAGAGGUUGGGCACGCGGCCGGCGCUGGACUCCGAGGCGCUGGGCAGCUCGUACCGGAGGAUCGUGGAGCUGUUCUACCUCUGCACCAACGAGGACCCCAAGAUCAGACCCUCGGCCGCCCAGAUCGUCGAGGCUCUGGAGAGCAACGCCCCGCAGGAGAACACGCCCAGCGAGGUGAUCGUCAUCGACUGAUUCUCAGAGAACUCGGCUCUUCGACCCGUCAGGGAUUUAUAUUCCUUUGAAUGAAUACGUGGCCAAACUGACGGGCUCUGCUCAUAGGAGUCACUAGUUCUUUUCAGGGAGGGUUGUAUUCAUUUAGAAGCUCAUCUCUACAUCUUUAUGUUGUCACACUUACCACAUUUAAUUUAAUUUGUAUGGCAUCUUUGCUAUAAAACAUGUCCAUGUAUGUCAAUUGUAAGUAAAUGUUUGUACUUUCUUAUAUUUGUUUCUGCACUUCUGUAAACUUUGAUAUUGCUUGAUUAAACUGUUACGCUCUA